CUGUCAUCGGCCUGGGUGUGGUUUUUCAGCAGGCAGCGGUACCGUUAGCAGGAAACCAAGCUACAGUCCAUUUUACUCUAAGGCGAAACAAAGAAAAAAAAGAGCAAACACUCCCACCAGCGCCCGCGUUGACAAUAGCUCGUCGUCGUUAAGCUAAAAAAGUACCGUUAGUCUCCUCGACACGGGAGGGCGUUUGGUUGGCGCCGUUGUUCUGAUGGGAAAAAGUUUUCUGCUGCUCAUCUGAUUUAACAACUUUUUUGUCGACAGCGAAAGGAAAGAUGCCGAAAACGAUUAGUGUAAGAGUCACCACAAUGGAUGCUGAACUGGAGUUCGCCAUUCAGCCCAAUACAACAGGAAAGCAGCUCUUUGACCAGGUUGUGAAGACCAUUGGACUUCGAGAGGUUUGGUACUUUGGACUCCAAUACCAGGAUACAAAGGGUUUCUCUACAUGGCUGAAGCUCAAUAAGAAGGUGACAGCCCAGGAUGUGAGGAAGGAAAGCCCGCUGCUGUUUAAGUUCCGUGCCAAGUUCUUCCCUGAGGAUGUUUCUGAGGAGUUAAUCCAGGAUGCCACACAACGGCUGUUCUUCCUGCAGGUGAAAGAGGGAAUCUUAAAUGACGACAUCUACUGCCCUCCCGAGACGGCAGUCCUUCUGGCCUCCUAUGCCGUUCAGGCCAAGUAUGCUGACUACAACAAGGAAGUCCACACACCAGGCUAUCUGAGUGGCGAGCACCUGCUCCCUCAGAGAGUUCUGGAUCAACACAAACUCAACAAGGAUCAGUGGGAGGAGAGGAUUCAAGUGUGGCAUGAGGAGCACAAGGGCAUGAUAAGAGAGGAAUCCAUGAUGGAGUAUCUGAAAAUCGCUCAAGACCUUGAGAUGUACGGAGUCAACUACUUCAACAUCAAGAAUAAGAAGGGAACAGAGCUGUGGUUGGGAGUCGAUGCUUUGGGUCUCAACAUUUACGAACAGAAUGACAAAAUGACGCCCAAAAUUGGAUUUCCUUGGAGUGAAAUCAGGAACAUUUCCUUCAAUGACAAGAAGUUUGUCAUUAAGCCAAUUGACAAGAAAGCACCAGACUUUGUAUUCUACGCCCCGAGACUUCGCAUCAACAAGCGCAUUCUGGCUCUGUGCAUGGGCAACCAUGAGCUGUAUAUGCGCCGCCGCAAACCCGACACCAUCGAAGUGCAGCAGAUGAAGGCUCAGGCUCGGGAGGAGAAGAAUCACAAAAAAAUGGAGAGAGCUCUGCUGGAGAACGAAAAGAGGAAAAGAGAAGUUGCAGAAAAGGAAAAGGAAAAGAUCGAAAAGGAGAAGGAGGAAUUAAUGGAGAGAUUAAAGCAGAUCGAGGAGCAGACGAGAAAGGCUCAGCAAGAGCUGGAGGAGCAAACACAGAGAGCUCUGGAGCUGGAGCUUGAGAGGAAGCGAGCUCAGGAGGAGGCUGAACGCCUGGAGUCUGACCUGAAGAGCGCCGAGGACGCCAAAUUAGCCCUGCUGCAGCAGUCAGAGAGCCAGAUGAAGAACCAAGAACACCUGGCCACAGAAUUGGCUGAUCUGACUUCAAAGAUUUCCCUGCUGGAGGAUGCCAAGAAGAAGAAGGAGGAAGAGGCCAUGCAGUGGCAACAGAAGGCCACCAUGGUGCAGGACGACCUGGAGAAGACCAAAGAAGAGCUUAAAAGCAAAGUGAUGUCCGCCCACGUCCAGGAGCCGCUCAACGCAGAGAACGAGCAUGACGAGAACGACGAGAGCAGCGCCGAGGCCAGCGCCGAGUUCACAGCCGCCGCCACGUACAAGGACCGCAGUGAAGAGGAGCGAAUGACCGAGGCUGAGAAGAACGAACGCCUGCAGAAACAUCUACUCGCUUUAAGCUCAGAGUUGGCCAACGCUCGAGACGAGAGCAAGAAAACGGUGAACGACAUCAUCCAUGCAGAGAACAUGAAGGCAGGACGUGACAAGUACAAGACCCUCAGACAGAUCCGGUCAGGAAACACCAAACAGCGCAUCGAUGAGUUUGAAUGCAUGUGAUGUCCGCAUUCACGAUCGCAAAAGCCCACGGAGCUGGGCCAAUCUGCCUGGACUGCAGUCCUGCCUCACUCAAAGCUGUUUUUUUCUCUGUACCCAAAUAAAUCAGAUCCACGACAUGACGUGGCCGCGAAAGCACAGCACAGUGUACAAAUAUGGAUCUGGAAAAUUCCAUUUGUUAUCAUUCCUUAACUUCGAUUUUAGGCAAGUCACUGGUUGAAAAGGGACAUUCUGUAUUUUAUUAGUACAACCCUCACAAGGGGUUUAUGUAGCAUAUUAGUAAAAGGCUCACGCCUGGUUUCAUGACACAUUGAGCAAAUAUUUUUAAUUUCUUCAUGUGUUUCUUUGACAUUUUUAUGUCAUGAUUUCAAAAUAUAAGGCUGAGAAACCAAUCCAAAUUUGGCACUAUUUGAAAAUGUGCCGUAGACAUAUUUCUGCUGUACACAUGCAACGGUUCUUCACAGCAAGCUGGAUUUGUGCUUUUCCUCGCAUCGUGCAUUCUGGUAGUUUUAACAAUCAAAGCAGUAGUGCUGUAAUCCACAUACUUUUAGUAGGACUCUGAAGUGUCUGUGCGGAGCGUUAAUAGAGCAGUAUUACUUUUUUUUUAAUUAUUUUGCAAAUCUAGAGUUUAUUUACUUUUCAGUUGACUGUAAUCAGAAUUUGCCAACUGUUUGAAAUCAUGACAGUAUUUGCAGCCCACUCACAAUGUGAUAUUAAAGGUUGUUUUCAGUUAGAAGUUUCUGUCUGUUUUUGCAUUUGUCUUUAAGCCAGUGUGCAAAUACAAGACUUCAGCAUAAAAGAUGAAUGUCCUCAAAAAUCUGCGUAGAAAAAUGCUGAACUGUGGACAAAAUGAAGUUGAUAUGACAAACAAAACAAUGACUAUGUAAUUAUUAUACAUUACCCACAGCUUGCCUUUUUCCAUGUUCAUGUGUUACAUUUGUUAGGAAGCAUCUGGUGGCUGUAAAGCACUGUUACAUACACUGAAGAAGUGAGGUUCAAAUACAAUUCAGAUGUGCAAAACUUUCAGUUGUCACUUUUUCAAAACUUAGUGCCGUUCGAAUUCAGCAAACUGUUCAAUUUAAAUACUUGGUGAGAAGAUUUGCAGUUGAUUUACUGUACCUUUAAUAGUUUUAUCCCUCUGCUUUUGUUGUUAAAUUCUGCUUAUCAGUGAGGAUGUUAUUUGAUUAUCAAAAUGCUUUCUUCUUUCCAUUGAUAUAACCAAUACAGCACGAGGACUUACACUGUAAUUUGUCAACUUGGCUUCUGUUGGCGAACAAAUGCCAAUGAAGUCAUCUGUUAAGGCGAAAGUUGAAACGGUUUUUCCCUACAAAAUGGUAAAAUGCAUAAAAUAAAAUGAUUUCAUUAGACAUGCACUGGAAAAAUCACAGUUUACCUUUAUAAAAUGGGUCAAAACAUACUGUCGUAGAUGGACACUUUUUUUUUCCCAGCGCAUGCAUUUUUGAUAUACUGUAUGUAUUUAAGUACAUUUGUGUAUUUUGUAAUCGGGAUUUUUCAGAUGUGAUAAAAUAAGGUGUACAAAAAGAAACAACACCUCUGAGGGUAUUUUUGUAUUUUAGAAAUGUAGAAAUCCUUUUUGUUCAGAAGGAACAGCAUUUUUGCAGACAGUAUUUUAACUAAGUGACCAGCUCGCUGCCGUUACAGUCAGCUGAUGGAACAAGCAACACCCAGAGCCUGUCAGAGGACCAAUGAAACACCAGACGCUGCAGGACAUUCCAUUUAUGGUGGAUUAUACUGAUGAAGGCAGGUGGUUGUGCCAUGAGUUUUAAACCACGCCCCACGAAAAAUGAAUUUGCCAACAAAUGACCUUAAAGUACUUCCUUGUGCCAUUGUUCCACUUUUCAUUUUGGCGUUGAGACAUGCGGAGGGUUUUGCUUGUUCAUAGGUUUUUAGAAAUUAGUGUUUGAAAGAUUUAUUUACACUAUUUUGCAAAAAAAAAAAAAAGUAUUUUAGUGAUAAAUAUUUCUGAUUUUUUUUAUGUCUUUUACUGAAGGAACGUUUGUACCGAGGUGCAUUUUCAUAUACAGUAUUUGCCCAUUGCUGCCAUUAAAUAUAAGAAUGUUGCUGUUGUGGAAACCUUUCCAUGCCUUGGACAGUAGCUUUUUUUUUCAUUGUUGCACAGUGUGUUCUACCCAAAGCAUCAUGUAAUUGCAGCCUAAUUUGAUCUUACAAACUGAUUAAAAAGAUGCUACUCAGUAUUUUGUCUCGAGUCGGAAAGGACUGGUUGAUACUGGAAAAUGACAGACAGUGCCUUGCCCAGUUUAUUCAUCGGAUCUUGCUGCUUAAAGUCUUCCUUUCACCAAUAAAUAAAAGUUAGAUCAAAGCA